AUGUCUACAUAUUUUAAGGUGACAUUAGAGGAUCACAUUUGUCAGCACUUUGUGGACAACAGUGUCCAAAUCGAUUAUCCAUACGUACACAUCAACUAUACUGACAAUCAUUAUGUCUUCACUCAAUAUCUAUUUAUUGGUCAUAACUACUGGCAACUCAUGAUAAAUGAAUCUCGAAAUUUGGAUCAGUUCGUUGUGUAUUUUCAAUCAAAUUAUAGCAAAAUAUUCAAUGGUUUUAAAGGCAAUUAUUCAAUGAUUUUUAGUACACCGCUUGAAGACGACCAACAUUUCGUCACAGGAGUCAUAACAAAAUUAAAUGAUACAAUUGAUUGGCAAAUAUUACAACUUGAGAGCAAUCAUUUGACAACUUCUGGCAUCAAAGCAUUCAAUUCUCUGAAAUUGAUAUUUGAAGACAAUUUCAGACCAUCGCUGGUCUUUUACAUGUAUCUCAAUAUAACAGACACUCUACCAGCAAAUCGGUACCGAUCGGUGUGUUUUGCAAAUAUUCAUAAUAAUAAUUCUAAAAGUUAUCGAUGCUAUCGAUUCAACAAAGUUGAUGACAUAAAUAUUAAAUACGAGAAUAAUACAGAUAAUGUGAUCCAUGGUUUGAAACAAGAGAUUACUAAUCAAGGAAUCAAUUUUAAUGUAAAUCUCAAUUUGAUUGCCGGUUAUAUGCGAACCAUUGCAAUCAUUCCCACAGUUUAUCCAAAAUUUAAUCAUUUUCGCAAUUCAUGGGAUUAUUAUUAUCUGUUUUUAUAUUCACAAAAUAAACAGAUUCACUAUUGUUUUAGCGAAACAAAUCUAUUUAUUAAAGAAUGUUCAUCAAAUGACAUUCAACUGUUGAUGGAUUGCACCAAAUAUGAGGAAUCAACACUUACUACGCAAAUGGAAAUAAUUAACAAAACAAUAGCCAACAAUCCAUCUGAAACUGUAGAUCAGUCAAAACUGGAUGAUCCCAAUCAUGAUAAACAUGAGUCCAACACUUGGGGUCCAAUUAUUAAUAUAAUAGUAGCUAUACUUAUAAUACUAGUUGUCAUUACAAUUGCGGUACUCUUUGUAUGUGUCAUCAGAAAGUCAUUAAACAAACCGGAAAAAUAUGGAGAAAUUAAGAAAAUUCACGAACCGGUAGCUAAUAGUAGUAAUGACUAA